GUUCAGAGGGUCAGCAGUCAUUGCUUCGAUUCGAGUUUCAGACUUGCCUCCAGUAUUGGGACCCAGCGGGAGGUAGAUUCCGUGUUUGAGAUGCCAAAGGAAUCUGUCUUUUGAUUCAGGGUUCAUCACUUAAAGUUUAGGUAGCAGUUGCCAUCAUGCUCAAAGCUGUGAUCCUGAUUGGAGGCCCGCAAAAGGGGACCCGGUUUAGGCCUUUGUCUUUUGAGGUGCCCAAACCCCUGUUUCCAGUAGCGGGGGUCCCUAUGAUCCAGCAUCACAUUGAGGCCUGUGCCCAGGUCCCUGGGAUGCAGGAGAUUCUGCUCAUUGGCUUCUACCAGCCUGACGAGGCCCUUACCCGAUUUCUAGAGGCUGCCCAGCAGGAGUUUAACCUCCCCAUCAGGUACCUGCAGGAAUUUGUGCCCCUGGGCACAGGAGGUGGUCUCUACCAUUUCCGGGACCAGAUCCUGGCGGGGGGCCCGGAGGCCUUCUUUGUGCUCAACGCUGAUGUCUGCUCCGACUUCCCCUUGACUGCUAUGUUGGAUUCCCAUAGACACCAGCCUCACCCUUUCUUGCUCCUUGGCACCACGGCUAACAGGACACAGUCCCUCAACUAUGGCUGUAUUGUAGAGAAUCCACAGACACAUGAGGUCCUGCACUAUGUGGAGAAACCCAGCACCUUUGUUAGUGACAUCAUCAACUGUGGCAUCUACCUCUUCUCCCCGGAAGCCCUGAAGCCCCUUCGGGAUGUCUUCCAGCGAAACCAGCAGGAUGGGCAACUCUGUCUUCCUCUGGGGGAGGACUCCUCAGGCCUGUGGCCAGGGGCAGGCACCAUCCGCCUAGAGCAGGACGUGUUCUCCGCCCUGGCUGGGCAGGGCCAGAUCUAUGUGCACCUCACUGAUGGUAUCUGGAGCCAGAUCAAGUCCGCAGGCUCAGCCCUCUAUGCCUCCCGCCUCUACCUGGGUCAGUACCAGCUCACUCACCCAGAACGCCUGGCCAAGCACACUCCCGGGGGUCCACGAAUCCGAGGAAAUGUUUACAUCCACCCCACAGCUAAGGUGGCCCCAUCAGCCGUGCUGGGCCCCAAUGUCUCCAUUGGGGAGGGGGUAACCGUGGGCGAGGGUGUGCGGCUCCGCGAGAGCAUUGUCCUCCAUGGGGCCACACUGCAGGAGCACACGUGUGUCCUGCACACCAUUGUGGGCUGGGGGAGCACUGUGGGGCGCUGGGCCCGUGUGGAGGGUACUCCCAAUGACCCCAAUCCCAAUGACCCCCGAGCACACAUGGACAGUGAGAGCCUCUUCAAGGACGGGAAGCUGCUGCCUGCUAUCACCAUCCUAGGCUGCCGCGUCCGGAUCCCUGCUGAGGUGCUCAUCCUGAACUCGAUUGUUCUACCACACAAGGAGCUGAGCCGCAGCUUCACCAACCAGAUCAUCCUCUGAGGGGGACUCCCAGAAGGCACCCCCCCCCAACUCCCAACUCCUACCUGCUCCCCUUGAGGCUCCUUCCUGCAGGGCCGGCCUCUGUCCAAAAGGACCAGAGGAAGGCAGGCAGGAUCUUCACGUGCCAGGCGCAACGUGGGUGGCUGGGGGACUCCUGGCCUCCCUCUUCAGUCCCUAAUAAACCUGGGUGGACCUUGGAGCCAG